ACCAACUUUCUAAGACGUGACACUUCUGGAUGUAACUGUGUCAGCGUUCCAGAUUGUUGGCCACCCAGCUGCUUAAUUUGAUCAAAUAAAGUGCUGCUUGAUCAAGAAGUCUCCGCUUGGGUUAUCUGAUUAGAUUGAUACGGUAUCUCAAGUUUAAGUUCGGGACUGCGAUCUUACAGGCAAACAGCUUGCCACACAGAGUUGAAGCUAUGGUGCUGAUCAGAGUGCUAGCAAACCUUCUGAUACUACAGCUUUCUUACGCACAAAAGUCUUCUGAACUGGUCAUUGGAGGUGAUGAAUGUAACAUAAAUGAACAUCCUUUCCUUGUACUCGUGUACUAUGAUGAUUAUCAAUGCGGUGGGACUUUGCUCAAUGAGGAAUGGGUGCUCACUGCUGCACACUGCAAUGGGAAAGAUAUGGAGAUAUACCUUGGUGUGCAUAGCAAAAAGGUACCAAAUAAGGAUGUGCAGAGAAGAGUCCCAAAGGAGAAGUUCUUUUGUGACAGUAGCAAAACCUACACCAAAUGGAACAAGGACAUCAUGUUGAUCAGGCUGGACAGACCUGUCAGGAAGAGUGCACACAUCGCGCCUCUCAGCUUGCCUUCCAGCCCUCCCAGUGUGGGCUCAGUUUGCCGUGUUAUGGGAUGGGGCACAAUCACAUCUCCUCAAGAGACUUAUCCCGAUGUCCCUCAUUGUGCUAACAUUAACCUACUCGAUUAUGAGGUAUGUCGAGCAGCUUACGCAGGGUUGCCAGCAACAAGCAGAACAUUGUGCGCAGGUAUCCUGGAAGGAGGCAAAGAUUCAUGUGUGGGUGACUCUGGGGGACCCCUCAUCUGUAAUGGACAAUUCCAGGGUAUUGUAUCUUGGGGAGGCGAUCCUUGUGCCCAACCUCGUGAGCCUGGCGUCUACACCAAUGUCUUCGAUCAUCUUGACUGGAUCAAGGGCAUUAUUGCAGGAAAUACAGAUGUAACCUGCCCCCUGUGAAAACUUUUGAAAAAGUCAAGAGGAGAAAAUGUAACAUAUUAGUACAUCUCUUCUAUAUCCCUAACCAUAUCCAACUACAUUGGAAUAUAUUCCCAGGCAGUAAGCUUUUUUUAGACUCAAAUAGGACUUCCUUUGGAGUAAGAAAUGCUCAAAAUAGUGCUGCAGGGAUCAUGUCCCAUUUAAUUUCAGUAUAAAACAAUCUCAGUAAAACAGAGGCCUGUUUUAGGGUGAGGUGCAAAAUUUUCUGACUCUAAAAUGGACCAUUCCAAAUAUUUUAACCUCUGAAUAUCUUUCCAUUUCUGUCCACUUCUGGGACAGUGGGGUCCUUGAUGCUCUCUGAGCUUGUCUUUUUCAAGACGUUUCAUUACCCAGCUAGGUAACAUCAUCAGUGCUAAAAUAUUCUCUUCUAUUGGUACUUCUGUGGCAUUUACAAUACGCUCAUAUGGAGUCAUGCAGUCAUCCCACAAACAUAUCCAUAUACCCGGGUCCCACUGUUGCCUAAAAAUGAUCCCAGAUUAACCCCCACUUCCCAAUCACUAAAUAGAAUCUUUUGAGAAUCAUGUUUUCAUGUAAAUUCUCAGGUAUCCACAGCAAUAAAAUCGUAUAAAUUCGUCA